GUCCGACCCGCGGCGACGCAGGCUGCAGACAGUUUUUCCUUAUCAAUUAAUACAACUCUGGCAAACACUACAGUUAUGACGACGCAAGCAGCUGUGCGAAACGUGGGUCGCCUUUCGACCCAAAAAACGGCGAUAUUCCUCUGCGACAUGCAGGAGAAGUUCAGAAAGACCAUACAGUACUUCCCGCAGAUUGUGGCCGUCUCUCAGCGGCUGCUGAAAGCCGGGCGCGCUCUCGAUAUGACUGUCAUCGUCACCGAACAGUAUCCGAAAGGUCUGGGCCACACAGUUCCAGAGCUAGGCCUAGCCGAGUUCCCAGACAUCAAGCCGAUCGAGAAGACGCAGUUCUCCAUGAUGACCGACGAAGUGACCAAGACGAUGCAGGAGAAAGGACUUGACUCGGUUGUGCUGUGUGGAAUCGAGACGCACGUCUGUGUGCAGAACACGGCCCUGGCACUGCUCGAACGAGGCUUCAAUGUGCAUGUCGCCGUCGAUGCCUGCUCUUCGCGCACUAUGGUUGACCGAUUCUUUGGCUUCGAACGGAUGAAAGCAAGUGGGGCUUGGCUGACGACAAGUGAGAGCAUCAUCCUGAGCUUGCUCGGUGGCUCGUCUCACCCAAAGUUCAAGGAAGUCCAGAAACUCAUAAUGGAAUCAGCUCCAGACAGUGGCCUGCUUGGAUUCACUCAGAACCGCGCAAGUGCCUUAUAGGAACCGCUCGGUGUGCUCAUUCGACACUGCCUGCAUUCUCCACCGCAUUUAUGGGAGCACAGAUUAUUCUGCAGUGAUAGUAUUAUAGUACAGCUUUCUUGUUUUACUUAAGAUUUGUUAGGAAUAGGAAGCGCUAAAAAGACAUUUUCCUUUGUUUUCUAUCUUGCAAAUGGACGAAUAUAUGUCGAGAUAUUGUACUGGUAACUAGCACACUUGUAAAAACAUCUUUGUGUUGGAGACUUUACGGCUUUAUAAAUAACAUGCUGGUUCGAUGGAACUCCAAUAACCGGUGUCCACAUAAAUAUUGUGUUAUCGAUAAGGCAGAGAUGUGCAGACGGGCGUGUAAGUUGCGCAGUGUAGCUAUUGCUCUUUGCUGGACACUGGACAAAAUGUGGUGCUGCCGAAAAAUAAAAUGCAAGCUAUUCCAGCCUCUUUCAUUGCAUAGGACAUAGUCCUCAUAGUUAAAUGAAAGUGCCACAUAUUAAAGUAUUAAAUCAGGGAACUCAGAAUGAGAACUGUUGCUUGAAUUAAUGUGGUUGUUUUCUGCUGGCUUAUUCUUUUAUGCAUGUGUACAGCAAGAUGUGUGAAGUUUCUACUGGCAGAGACCAAUAGCAAUUGCCAUCAGUUUGAAGACCUCUGAUGCCAAGAAACCAAGUGAUGUAGGAUAAAAUUAUCAAUAAAGUUACGUUAUUUUGAACUACA